AUGAAUGACGCAUAUUUCACGGCUACUAGUGAUUUCACGACUACCAAUGGUUGCGUACUAAAGGUUUAUUUUGUAGGUAAAGGUGAAUUGCUAAUUUUGUGCCUACACGGCUGCGGAUUGUCGGCCAGAAGUUUUGGGCCCCUGGCAGAAAUUUUGAGUGGCACGGCACAAGUGAUUGCUUUCGACCUUCCUUGCCAUGGACAUUCUUCCAAAUCAUCCUUGGCACUAGAUAAUUUGAUACGUUGUACCGUUGAAGUUGCCAGGAAGUAUGGCAAGGAUAAACAAAUCUUAUUGAUAGGCCAUAGCUUUGGUGCGGCACUGGCUAUUAAGGUGGCAUCGCACAUAGAUCACGUUGUAGCUGUCGUUUUAAUUGAAUUCUACCAACUCAACAACUUUGACAAGUUGAUCCCCAAUAUGCCUACAAAUUUUGACUAUGAAAGCUUUCUAGAAUAUGUAAGAGACGAGAGAGGUAUAACCACGGACUUUGCAAAAUACUGUUUAGAGACACAAAUAGUACAGGCUGACGAUAAAUGGCAGUGGAUUUGCAACCCAAAUGAUACUAGAACAUAUUGGUCCGAAUGGUAUAAAGGCGCGAACAAAGAUUUCCUUAAACUGGACGCUUACAAAUUACUCUGCCUAUCCAGCCACACAGAGGAUACUGAAUUGAUUGUCGCCCACAUGCAAGGCAAGCUUCAGCUUGAAAUCAUCCCCAACUCUAGCCAUUUUUUGCACGAAAGUAAACCCAGUGCUGUAGGUCAGAUUGUGAAGAAUCUUCUUAGGAGAAUGCAAAGUAUUAAAGUAUUUGCUAAAUACAACAGUCCAUGUAAUAAAUUAACACUGUAG